CUGUGACACAGUGUGUAUCUCCAUUCCGUGCCAUCCCCUCCUCCCUGCCUCUCACACACUCUCUGUGUUGUCACCGCUGCCACCCCCACUCUCCAGCGGCGGCGGCUCCGUGCCCCGGGACCUCAUUCCGUGCCAGGUAUCCUUUUAUGGACUUUUUGGAAGGUAUCAUUAGUGUCAGCUUGAAGACUUCCCCAGAACACACCGACACAGCCCUGGAUUUGAGUGAAGUGGUUCUUGGGGCGACCGGCUAACCAGUCAGGGGAUGCAACAUGACCUCCGCUGUGGUGGAUGGUGGCGGAGCGGUGGAGAGCUAUGUCAGCAAUGGAGUGGAAAACCCAGAACAGGGAGAGGUUCAGGAAACUGAAUACCCUGCUGUCAUUGUGGAGCCAGUUCCCUGUGCCAUACUGGAAGAAGGGUACGCUGCUCAGGUUUUGGUGUACGAUGAUGAGACCUUCAUGAUGCAAGAUGUGGCAGAAGAACAGGAGGUAGAGACUGAAACCGUGGAAAUAGUUGAAGCGUCUGUACACGGCAGCAAUGUUCACUGCACGGACAAGACCAUUGAGGCAGCAGAGGCGCUGCUACACAUGGAGUCUCCCACCAUCCUUCGGGAUUCCAGGAGUCCAGUGGAAGUGUAUGUACCAUCAUGUGUGUCCACCCCAGAGUUUAUCCACGCUGCCAUGAGGCCCGACGUGAUCACAGAGACUGUGGUUGAAGUGUCUACCGAGGACUCUGAGCCCAUGGACUCCUCUCCCAUCCCAAUUUCUCUCGAGCUGGGAGAGCCUAUGAAAAAGAAAAAAGCUGGUCGUAAACCAAAGAUGCAGCAGCCCACAUUUGCCAACGGUUCACCGGAUUUGGGAAUAAAGAAAAAACCUCGGGAAGGAAAAGGAAAUACAACUUACCUAUGGGAGUUCCUCUUAGACUUGCUUCAGGAUAAGAAUACAUGCCCCAGAUACAUCAAGUGGACACAAAGGGAGAAGGGCAUCUUCAAGCUGGUGGAUUCUAAAGCAGUUUCCAAACUUUGGGGGAAACACAAGAACAAGCCAGACAUGAACUAUGAGACUAUGGGAAGAGCUUUAAGAUAUUACUAUCAAAGAGGAAUUCUAGCAAAAGUGGAGGGUCAGAGGCUGGUGUACCAGUUCAAAGAGAUGCCCAAGAACAUUGUGGUCAUAGAAGAUGACAAAGCAGAGCCCUGCACAGAAGAGAUGGUAUCUCCAAUUGAUGACAAGUCUCUGGAGCGAGUUUCUAUUCCUACAGAGGGUAUACUUAAAAUGGCCAUGCCAGCUCGGCUAGAGAAAAGUCCUACGCAGCAAACCUCACCCAGAAGGCCUAGACUAGUAAGCUUGGCAUCUCCUGUCUGUGAGGCACCUCCUCACUCGCCCACCAGCACCACACCAAACCCAGCACAGAGGACUGUUCGUGUUGCAAUGCAAGUGCCUGUUGUGAUGACUUCCCUGGGCCAGAAGAUUUCCACUUUAGCCGUCCAGUCUAUGAACCCAGGGUCCCAAUUGUUAGCAGCCAAUACCAGCCCCACGACUGGAUCCGCUCCAAAGGUUGUAAUCCAGACAAUACCAACUAUGAUGCCAGCUUCCUCAGAAAGUGACAAAUACACAAUGCAACCUGCCAAAAUAAUAACCAUCCCAACCUCUCAGCUCACCCAGUGUCAGCUGCAGACAAAGUCCAACUUAACUGGUGCUGGGGGCUUGAAUCUGUUGGGCACUCCACUGACUGUGAGAGCACUUACUCCUGUAUCAAUCGCCCAUGGAACCCCUGUUAUGAGACUAGCUAUGCCUGCACAACAGGCUCGGUGCCAGACGCCACCCCGGGUCAUAAGCACCCUCAUUAAAGGACCUGACAUGAAAUCGGACAUAAUGGUGAGCAGGCAGGAUGGAGAAAUGAAAACAUUUCAGCUGGUGAAAGAGGACAACCCAGCAGACGGGGGCAAAACAGUAACUCAUGUUGUGGUUGUCAGUGCCCCCGCUGGAAUUACCUUGCCAGUGACUGUCAAACAAGAAGGGACGGUGGUCUGUGAAAAGUGAGAAACAUUCCACCAGCGUGCCGUGAGGUUUAGGUCAAACUGACAGUGAGUGGAGUCCAGACCAUAAACUUAUUCUGCGGAAGAAAGGGAGGCGAUUCCAGUCCAACGAGACUUUAAAGCAGAGACCAUGUGUAUAUGUGGAGCGCAAAGGCAAAAAAGACAUUUUCCUGGAAAAUAGUUCACAUGCUGAUGGGAAAAUAUGCCUCUGUGAUCACCAAUAAAAGUGACUGCAAUUGGGGGGAAAGAAAAUUAAAACUGAAAGGGACCAAAGUGUUCAUUCAUACAUACACACACAGAUCUGUUUUUAGGUUACACUAAAUUAGGUGGAACACUAAAAUAACUUUUCAGAGUGGCUGUUUGUUCUCCGAAGUCCAAAAGAAAAGAUUAGGUCAAAGUGGAAUUGUAAAUGAUCAUGUUUUUUUUUAUUUCUUUAUAUAUACAGUAUAUAUGAGUUUUUUUGUUUGUUUUUUAAUACCAGCAGUUUAUACCACUGUGUACAAAUAGCCCUUAUUUAACCGGUGCUAUGUGACAACUCUGCUGAACGAGUACGUGGGGCGCGUAGGAGACUCCCUUUAAGUUUUUGUUUUUUUGAAGCGCGACGUGCAGAUGAGAUUUGGGUUGUUAGGAAGCAGAUUUCAUACGGAAGCCUUAGACCGAUUUCAAUUGUAUUUUUUUCCUUGGAAUAAGCUAACAGCUUGUUUGUAUAAAGCAAUCUUUUUAUAUAUAAAUAUAUUAUAGAAAAUAUGGCGGAGAAAAAAAAAACCUUGUACCUAGCACAGUAUUGGCAUAGAAUUACUUGUAACAUAUUUUAUAUGGUAGAUUAAAGUCUUGAGUUUUUUUUAAUACCUUUAAAUGGCUGGAAAUGUCUAAAAAGCAUACCGAGCUGCCAGCUUAUCGUUCAGAGAAGGGUUAAACUGGGGGCACGGCGGGCAAAUAGGCCAACUACUGCCACUUGCUUUUGUCACACGGCAUCCAUGCAUACAUUUCAAUUCCUGCUAUCCAUUUGAAAGGUCACUGCACGCAUGAGCCCUUUUUCUGGAGUGCAAGCAUUUUGAAGCCUGCUAUUUUUUUAGUUAAAGUUCUGGCUGGGCGGUCUAGGGGGGAGGGUUGGGGAUAAAGUACCAGUGUUCAGAAUGAACUACAAUAGUUUGUAUAUUCAACAUUUGAAGUAUAUUCUAUUUUGUUGUACUCUUGUUUCAAAGUGUAUUCAAGUAGAUUUUACUGCAAUAUAGAAAAUGAAUUUCA